CUCUCUUAUUCUUCUCUCUCUCUCUCUGGGUCUGCGCGGGUCUCUCCGAGGGGUGAUCCCAUCAAAACCCUAAUAUUUCAAUACUCAAACCACAAAUUCAUUCUCUUCUUCAUCCACAAUCCAGUUCGACGAUCCGAUCAUUCUCAAUUUCACAAAACCCUACUUCGCUCCCCCGAUAUUUUUGAUAUAUUUUCUGGUUCAACAUCGAAUUUUGUUCCUCUUCACUCACUCUCUCUGUUCUUCGACCAAUUCUCAUUGGGUUGAGGGUUGAUCGGUUCUCAAUCGCUGCAUUCUUCUUCGUGCAAUGCUAUCAGUUCCAACAUGAAAUUGAAACGCAGGAGGGCACUCGAAGUGCCUCCAAAAAUCAGAUCUUUCAUUAAUAGUGUCACUGCUGUGCCACUUGAGAACAUAGAAGAAACUCUUAAGGGUUUUGUUUGGGAGUUCGAUAAGGGAGAUUUCCAUCAUUGGGUUGAUCUUUUCAAUCACUUUGAUUCCUUUUUUGAGAAGCAUAUAAAGUCAAGGAAAGAUUUGCAGAUUCAGGAUGAUUUUCUUGCUUCAGAUCCUCCAUUCCCUAAAGAAGCCGUUCUUCAAAUUCUUCGUGUAAUAAGAAUAGUUUUGGAGAACUGCACAAAUAAGCACUUCUAUAGUACUUAUGAGCAGCAUCUUUCAUCUCUUCUUGCUUGCACCGAUGCUGAUGUAGUUGAGGCUUGCUUGCAAACUUUGGCUGCAUUUUUGAAGAAAACAAUUGGAAAGUACUCUAUCAGAGAUGCUUCCCUCAAUUCAAAGUUGUUUGCCCUUGCACAAGGUUGGGGAGGAAAAGAUGAGGGUCUUGGAUUAAUUGCUUGUGCUGUACAAAAGGAUUGUGAUCCGGUUACUCAGGAGUUAGGUUGCACUCUUCAUUUUGAGUUUUAUGCACUGAAUGAUGCAUCAAGUGAAAAUUCUACAUUACAACCAGGUUUACAGAUAAUCCAUAUACCUAAUGUCAACGAUCGGCCAGAGACUGAUCUUGAACUUUUGAACAAGUUAGUUGCAGAAUACAAAGUGCCCACUAGUUUAAGAUUUUCUCUAUUGACAAGGUUGCGUUAUGCGAGGGCCUUUGGCUCUUUGGCUUCUCGCCAGCAGUAUGCAUGCAUUCGUUUGUAUGCCUUCAUAGUUCUUGUUCAAGCAGCAGGUGAUGCUGAGGACCUGGUUUCCUUCUUUAAUACGGAGCCUGAGUUUGUCAAUGAAUUGGUGUCUUUGUUGAGCUACGAAGAUGCAGUACCUGAGAAAAUUCGAAUUCUAUGUCUUCUUUCUUUGGUUGCCCUUUGUCAAGAUCGGACCCGACAGCCUACUGUGUUAUCUGCUGUGACAUCUGGUGGCCACCGUGGCAUACUAUCAAGCCUAAUGCAGAAGGCCAUUGAUUCUGUCACUAGUGAUACUUCUAAGUGGUCUAUUGUUUUUGCUGAGGCUCUAUUGUCUCUUGUUACCGUUCUGGUUUCAUCAUCAUCCGGAUGUUCAGCCAUGCGUGAAGCAGGAUUCAUUCCCACUCUUUUGCCUUUGCUUAAAGAUACAAACCCACAACACUUGCAUUUGGUCAGUACUGCUGUGCAUAUUUUGGAGGCUUUUAUGGAUUACAGUAAUCCUGCUGCUGCAUUGUUCCGAGAUUUGGGAGGUUUAGAUGAUACUAUUUCUCGCUUGAAUGUGGAAGUUUCUUAUGUGGAGAAUGGCUCAAAGCAGCAAGUUGAAGAUUCUGGUAGUAGUGGGAGGAGUAUGCAGUUAAUCCCUGGUGCUUCCACUGAGCUAGAUGAUAUGCAACCUCUUUAUUCUGAAGCAUUAGUUUCUUAUCACAGGCGAUUACUAAUGAAAGCUUUACUGCGUGCUAUAUCUCUUGGAACUUAUGCCCCUGGAAAUACUACACGUGUUUAUGGCUCUGAGGAGAGCUUGUUGCCUCAAUGCUUAUGUAUAAUUUUUAAGAGGGCAAAAGAUUUUGGUGGUGGAGUUUUUUCGCUUGCAGCUACUGUUAUGAGUGAUUUAAUUCACAAAGAUCCUACUUGUUUUCCUGUACUAGAUGCAGCUGGUCUUCCUUCAGCUUUUUUAGAUGCUAUAAUGGAUGGUGUUCUCUGUUCUACGGAAGCCAUAACCUGCAUACCCCAGUGUCUAGAUGCCCUUUGCCUAAAUAAUAAUGGUCUUCAGGCUGUGAAAGAUCGCAAUGCUUUAAGGUGCUUUGUGAAAAUAUUUACUUCUAGAACCUUUCUGCGGGCUCUCACUAGUGAUACCCCAGGUUCCUUGUCUAGUGGAUUGGAUGAACUAAUGCGCCAUGCGGCUUCAUUGCGUGGGCCUGGGGUGGAGAUGUUGAUUGAGAUCUUAAGUGCCAUUUCAAAAAUUGGAAAUGGGCUUGAUGUUUCUAACAUAUCAAGUGAUCCAUCCAGCUCAGCUCCUGUUCCUAUGGAAACUGAUGGAGAUGAGAGAAAUGUAGCUGUUUCAGAUAAUAAGGAAUCAUCCAAGAUGGAUAGUUCAGAGCAGACUACUGAUGCAUCUUCUGAUUCUUCACAAGGGAAUGUGGAAUCAUUCCUUCCUGAUUGUGUAAAUAAUGCUGCACGCCUUCUUGAAACAAUACUUCAGAAUGCUGACACAUGUCGUAUAUUCAUUGAGAAGAAAGGGAUAGAAGCUGUAUUGCAGUUAUUUACUUUGCCUUUGAUGCCUCUGUCAGUGUCAGUUGGCCAGAGUAUUUCUGCUGCAUUUAAGAACUUCUCACCACAGCAUUCAGCUUCUCUAGCUCGAGCAGUAUGUUCAUUUUUGAGAGAGUAUUUAAAGUCGACAAAUGAAAUCUUAGUUUCUGUUGGGGGGACUCGACUUUCCUCGGUUGAAUCUGCAAAGCAAACACAAGUCUUAAGAUGUCUUUCUAAUCUUGAAAGUAUCCUGUCUCUGUCUAACUAUUUGUUGAAGGGGACUACUACAGUGGUCUCUGAAUUGGGCACUGCAGAUGCUGAUGUAUUGAAAGAGCUAGGGAGCACAUACAGGGAGGUUGUUUGGCAAAUUUCCAUGUGUAAUGAUAUCAAGUCCGAUGAAAAGAGCAAUGUUGAUCAAGAACCUGAAAAUGCAGAGGCAGCUCCUUCUAAUGCUGCUGCUGGUAGGGAGAGUGACGAUGAUGCUAAUAUUCCUGUUGUGAGAUAUAUGAAUUUAGUUUCUAUGGGGAAUGGUUCUCAGUCUUUGUGGGGUGGAGAACGUGAAUUUCUGUCAGUUUUCCGGUCCGGUGAAAAUCUGCAUCGUCGCACUCGGCAUGGGUUGACUCGUAUUCGGGGUGGAAGGGCAGCCCGUCAUCUAGAGGCGUUAAACAUUGAUUCUGAAGCUUCUUCUAAUGUAUCAGAAACCCCUUUGCAGGAUUUAAAAAAGAAAAGUCCUGAUGUUUUAUUACUGGAAAUUCUCAACAAGCUGGCUUCCACUGUGCGUUCUUUCUUCACUGCUCUAGUCAAGGGUUUCACAUCUCCAAAUCGUCGGAGAACUGACUCAGGUUCUAUGAGUUCGGCGUCAAAGACUCUUGGAACUGCACUCGCAAAAGUUUUUCUUGAGGCUCUUAAUUUUUCUGGUCAUUCUACUUCAGCUGGGCUUGAUACGUCCCUGUCUGUAAAAUGCCGGUAUCUUGGAAAGGUUGUGGACGACAUGGCUGCCCUCACAUUUGACAGUAGGCGGCGCACUUGUUAUACUACGAUGGUCAAUAAUUUUUAUGUCCAUGGGACCUUUAAGGAACUGCUUACAACAUUUGAAGCUACUAGCCAACUUUUAUGGAAUUUACCUUUGUCUAUGCCAACAUCAGCAACGACCAGUAAGGAAAAGACAGGUGAAGGAAGUCAAUUAUCCCACAGUACAUGGCUGCUUGACACUUUACAAAAUUAUUGCAGAUUGUUAGAGUAUUUUGUAAAUUCUUCUUUACUGUUAUCUCCAACGGCUGCAUCUCAAGCGCUGCUGCUUGUUCAGCCAGUGGCUGUUGGACUGUCAAUUGGACUUUUUCCUGUACCGAGGGACCCAGAAGCUUUUGUUCGAAUGCUGCAAUCUCAGGUUCUAGAUGUGAUACUUCCUGUCUGGAACAACCCCAUGUUCCCUAGUUGUAGUCCUGGGUUUAUUGCUUCUAUUGUUUCACUUGUUACACAUGUAUAUUCUGGUGUUGGAGAUGUGAAGAGGAAUCGCAAUGGGGUUGGUAGAAAUGCAAAUCAACGCCUCAUGCCCCCACCACUUGAUGAAACUACAAUUGCCACUAUUGUUGAAAUGGGCUUUUCAAGGGCCAGGGCAGAGGAAGCACUUAGACGGGUGGAAACAAAUAGUGUUGAAAUGGCCAUGGAAUGGCUUUUCAGUCACCCUGAGGAUCCUGUACUGGAGGAUGAUGAUCUGGCUCGAGCACUUGCUCUUUCACUUGGGAGCUCAUCUGAAACAUCCAAAGUUGACAGUGUUGACAAGGCUGUUGAUGUCCUAGCAGAAGAGGGUAGUGUGAAAGCACCUCCAGUUGAUGACAUUCUUACUGCAUCAGUUAGGUUGUUUCAAAGUAGUGAUACGAUGGCAUUUCCAUUGACAGAUUUGCUUGUGACUCUCUGCAACCGCAACAAAGGGGAAGACCGCCCAAAAGUUGCAGCUUAUUUGGUUCAGCAACUAAAGCUUUGCCCGCUGGAUUUUUCCAAGGAUACAAAUGCAUUAAGUAUGUUGUCACAUAUAAUAGCAUUGCUUCUUUUUGAGGAUGGAAGUAUGAGAGAAAUUGCUGCACAAAAUGGCAUUGUAUCUGCUUCAAUAGAAAUCCUGAUGAGCUUUAAGGAUAAAAUUAAGUCUGGUAAUGAUAUUGUUAUCCCUAAGUGUGUCAGUGCUUUACUACUUAUAUUGGAUAACAUGCUGCAGUCCCGGCCCAAAAUCUUGUCUGACAGUACUGAAGGAGCUCAUACGGGCACUGAAUUAUCUGGAGACCAAGUUUCCUUGUCAUCUCCAACUGGUACAGAGAAAAAGUCAAUUUCAGAUGCCAAUGAAAAAGAAUCAAGUGCAUCAUUUGAAAAUAUUUUGGGGAAAUCUACAGGUUAUUUGACUGUUGAAGAGAGUCAUAAGGUGUUGCUAGUUGCCUGUGACUUGAUAAAUCAGCAUGUUCCAGCAGUGAUUAUGCAGGCUGUUUUGCAGUUGUGUGCCCGCUUGACAAAAACUCAUUCUCUAGCUUUGCAGUUCCUUGAAAAUGGAGGUCUCGCUGCACUUUUUAGUCUUCCAAGAAGCUGUUUUUUCCCUGGAUAUGACACUGUUGCUUCUGCUAUUGUUCGACAUCUCCUUGAGGAUCCACAAACAUUGCAAACAGCAAUGGAAUGGGAGAUACGCCAAAGCUUGAGUGGUAACCGGCAUUCUGGACGUGUCUCUGCAAGAGCUUUUUUGACGUCAAUGGCACCAGUUAUUUCUAGAGAUCCUGAAGUUUUCUUGAAAGCUGCAGCUGCAGUUUGUCAGUUGGAGACAUCGGGUGGUAGGGCUAUUGUUGUGCUAACAAAGGAAAAAGAUAAGGAAAAGGAUAAACCAAAAGCUACAGGUGUUGAAGCUGGACUGUCUUCCAAUGAUUGUGUUCGAAUUUCAGAAAAUAAGACAAAUGAUGGAUCGGUUAAGUGCUCCAAAGGACAUAAAAAGAUUCCGGCUAAUCUUACUCAAGUAAUUGAUCAGCUCCUUGAGAUUGUCUUGAAAUUCCCUUUAUUGGCAAAUCAGGAAGAAUGCUCGAGUAACUCAUCUUUUAUGGAGAUUGAUGGACCUUCUUCCAAGGUAAAGGGUAAAUCAAAGGUUGAUGAGACCAAGAAAACUGAUUCUGAAUCUGAAAGGUCUGCUGGUCUGGCUAAGGUGACCUUUGUUCUCAAGUUAUUGAGUGAUAUUCUUCUAAUGUAUGUACAUGCAGUUGGGGUUAUUCUUAAACGAGAUUUGGAGAUGUCUCAGCUCAGGUCAUCUAAUCAACCUGAUAGUCCUGGAUAUGGUGGGAUACUUCAUCAUGUCUUGCAUCGCCUGCUUCCUGUCACCAUUGAUAAAUCUGCUGGACCUGAUGAGUGGAGAGAAAAGUUGUCUGAAAAAGCUUCUUGGUUUUUGGUAGUUCUUUCUGGUCGUUCCGGUGAAGGUCGUAGACGGGUGAUUAGUGAACUUGUGAAAGCUUUAUCCGCAUUCUCAAUGUCGGAGGGUAAUUCUGCAAGUAGUGUUUUAUUACCAGAUAAAAAGGUUUAUGGUUUUAUUGAUCUGGUAUAUUCUAUUUUGUCAAAAAAUUCAUCCUCCAGUAACUUACCUGGUUCUGGGUGCUCACCAGACAUAGCAAAGAGUAUGAUUGAUGGAGGAAUGGUUCCAUGUUUAACUAGUAUUCUUCAGGUGAUUGAUUUGGACCAUCCUGAUGCUCCCAAAGCUGUCAAUCUCAUACUCAAGGCAUUAGAAAGCUUAACGAGAGCUGCAAAUGCCAGUGAGCAGAUUUUGAAAUCUGAUGGGUUGAAUAAGAAGAAGUCCACUGGGUUGAAUGAGAGAUUUGAUGAUCAGUUAACUGCACCAUUGGCUGAGAAUGUGGAACGUAAUAAUGCAAGCAGUGAACAAGUCAGAGAUGUAGUUGAAAGUGAGCAACACAAUCAAGAAACUUCUCAAGGUGAAGGUGACCCUCGUGCAAAUACAGAUCAGUCUGGGGAACAAGAAAUGAGGAUAGAAGUUGAUGAACCCAUGGCUACCAAUCAACAAGUGGAUCUAGGGUUGGAUUUUAUGCGUGAAGAGAUAGACGAAGGUAAUGUUUUACAGAACACAGAUCAAAUAGAGAUGGCUUUUCAUGUUGAGAAUAGGGCUGAUGAUGAAAUGGGUGAUGAAGAUGAUGACAUGGGGGAUGAUGGUGAGGAUGAUGAGGAUGAUGAUGAAGCGGAAGAUGAAGAUGAAGAUAUAGUGGAAGAUGGUGGUGGCAUGCUGUCACUGGCUGAUACUGAUGGGGAAGAUCACGAGGAUGCUGGAUUGGGAGAUGACUACACAGAAGAAAUGAUUGAUGAAGAUGAUGAUGAUUUUCAUGAGAACCGUGUCAUAGAGGUGAGGUGGAGAGAAGCCCUUGAUGGGCUAGAUCAUUUGCAGGUACUUGGACAACCUGGAGCUGCAGGUGGUCUUAUUGAUGUAACAGCUGAACCUUUUGAAGGAGUGAAUGUAGAUGAUCUGUUUGGUCUCAGAAGGCCUUUAGGUUUUGAACGUCGCCGUCAGACAGGUAGAUCUUCCUUUGAGAGAUCUGGUACAGAAAAUGGUUUUCAACAUCCUCUCCUGUCACGACCAUCUCAAUCUGGGGAUCUAGUUUCAAUGUGGUCGGCAGGUGGAAAUCCAUCUCGUGAUUUAGAAGCUCUUUCAGCAGGGAGCUUUGAUGUAGCUCAUUUCUACAUGUUCGAUGCUCCUGUUCUUCCAUUUGAUCAUGUUCCAAGCAGUCUACUUGGUGAACGUUUGGGUGGUGGUGCAGCACCACCUCCUUUGACUGAUUAUUCUGUAGGUAUGGAUUCGUUGCAGCUGCCUGGACGAAGAGGGCCAGGUGAUGGUCGGUGGACUGAUGAUGGGCAGCCACAAGCAAGUGCUAAUGCGGCUGCUAUUGCACAGGCUGUGGAGGAGCAGUUUAUAUCCCACAUGCGCAGUAUUGCCCCAGCUGAUAGUUCUGAUGAAAGGCAAAUGGCCCAGGUUUCGGCAGGUUUGGAGAGACAAUCAGAUGCCCCUUCAUCAAAUGAUAGUCAAAUAGCAGUUGAGCGUGAAAACAGCAGCAGCCAACAAAGUGAAGGUCAGCUUCACGAUAGUAGUGAUCAAACCACACAUGAUCUACUAAAUUCAGUGGCAGAAAAUGCUCACAGUGAACAUGUAAAUUUAGAAUCUGUUGAUGAACUUGCAGGGGAAUGUCAGCAGCCACCAGAACCUAUGAUGAUUCAACCACCUUCCCUGAAUGGUACACCGAAUAGUCAUGACAGCAUGGAGCUUGGUGAGUUGAAUACUGCUGUUGACGAACAAGCUGCAACAGUUCCAGGGUUCGUGAACUUGUCUACAGAUGUUAGUGCUGAGCUACUACCUGGAGGGGACUCUGAAGUGUCUUUAAAUCCUCGUGAUGUUCCGGAGCAGGCUGUGGGUUGCGAUACAUCUUCUAGAUCAGAUGAUCAGGCGAAUGCUUCGGCGGAUUCUGGUUUGGAUUUACCUAAUUCAUCUGACUAUAACACUUCUGCACUGCCACAAAAUGUUGAUGUUGAUAUGAAUAAUACUGAUGCUGAAAGAAAUCAAAAUGGUGAAGAUGUGCUUCCUCCUGAGCAUGGUACAGACGAGCCAUCAACAGUGCAGAACUCACUAGCUACUCCAGAAACUAAUCAGGCAGACCAAGCAAAUGCUAGUAAUGAUGCUGCUGGUGCGAAUGCAAUUGAUCCCACCUUCCUCGAGGCACUACCUGAAGAUUUGCGAGCAGAAGUUCUAGCUUCCCAGCAAGCUCAAUCCGUUCAACCUCCAACGUAUGCACCUCCUUCUGCUGAUGAUAUAGAUCCUGAGUUUUUGGCUGCUCUUCCUCCAGAUAUCCAAGCUGAAGUUUUGGCCCAACAACGAGUACAAAGGAUUGCACAACAGGCUGAAGGACAACCAGUUGACAUGGACAAUGCUUCUAUCAUUGCCACUUUUCCUGCUGAUCUACGUGAAGAGGUUCUUCUGACUUCUUCAGAUGCAGUCUUGUCGGCAUUGCCUUCUCCAUUACUUGCUGAAGCACAAAUGCUAAGGGAUCGAGCAAUGAGUCAUUAUCAUGCUCGUAGUAGCCUUUUCGGAAGCAGCCAUAGAAUAAAUAAUAGAAGAAAUGGAAUGGGUUUUGAUCGACAGACUGUAAUGGAUAGGGGUGUUGGAGUGACUAUUGGCCGAAGAGCAGUGUCUAAUGUGGUAGAUAGUUUGAAGGGGAAGGAGAUUGAAGGCGAGCCACUUCUAGAUGCAAAUGCAUUGAAAGCCUUGAUCAGGCUCUUAAGAUUAGCACAGCCUCUUGGUAAAGGCCUUUUGCAGAGACUCCUGUUAAACCUGUGUGCUCAUAGUGUUACAAGAGCAAUUCUUCUCCACCUAUUGCUCGACAUGAUCAAGCCAGAGGCUGAGGGAUCAGUCGGUGAAUUAGCAAAAAUUAAUUCUCAGAGGCUUUAUGGUUGUCAUUCAAACGUUGUUUAUGGUCGAUCUCAGUUAUUGGAUGGUCUUCCUCCCUUGGUGUUGCAACGAAUUCUUGAGAUUUUGAAUUAUUUGGCCUCAAAUCAUCCACCUGUUGCGAAUAUGUUAUUUUACUUUGAUCGUCAAAAUGUCUCAGAAGCAUUAAGUGCAUCAAACAUGGAGAACAAGAAGGACAAAGGGAAGGAGAAAGUUGAAGAAGUAGAGUUAUCAGAGAAGUCUCUUCAAACCAUCCAGGAUGGUGAUAUUCCGUUGAUAUUGUUCUUGAAGCUCUUGAACCAACCUCUUUUCUUGCAUAGCACUACUCAUCUUGAGCAGGUCAUGAAGCUCCUGCAAGAGAUUGUUCAUAUAGCAGCAACAAAAUUGGAGUUCCAAUCUAAAUUAGAGAGGGAAACUAAAAAAGCUGCAAGUCUGGCAACAAAUGAGCCCUCUGAAGAUGUUGAAAAAGGUCCUGCUGUCUCAGAGCCAGAGUCCAAUCCAGAAGAUAAACGUGUUGGUACCGAAUCAUCUUCAUCAUCUGGAAAGAAGAGAAUGGAGACUUAUAAUAUCUUCUUGCAGUUGCCGCAAUCUGAUCUGCGCAAUCUUUGCAGCCUUCUUGGUCACGAGGGGCUCUCGGAUGAUGUUUACAAGAUUGCUGGUAAUGUUCUGAAAGAGUUAGCAUCAGUUACUGUGCCCCAUAGGAAGUUCUUUACUACAGAGCUUUCAAACCUUGCUAAUGGUUUGAGCAGUUCAGCUGUCAGUGAGCUUGUCACACUUCGUAAUACACAGAUGCUUGGGUUGAGUGCUUGUUCCAUGGCUGGAGCUGCAAUUUUGCGUGUUUUACAGGCACUUAGCUCACUCACUAUGCCUGUUGAAAAUGAGAAUUUAGGGCUGGAAGGUGAUGGUGGGGAGCAGCAGGAGGAGCAUGCCAUGAUGUGGAAGUUAAAUGUCGCACUUGAACCGUUGUGGCAAGAAUUGAGUGAAUGUAUAAGUGCGACUGAGAUGCAGCUGGGUCAGAAUUCCCUCUGUCCACCAAUGUCAAAUAUGAAUGCUGGGGAGCAUGUACCGGGGCCCUCUUCUUCUUCUCCGCUCCCACCUGGAACUCAGAGACUUCUUCCUUUUAUUGAGGCAUUCUUUGUUUUGUGUGAAAAGCUUCAAGCAAAUCAUGCUACUGCCCUGCAGGAUCAGGAUGUGACUGCAAGAGAAGUCAAAGAGUCAGCUGGAACCUCAGAUCCAUCGACUGUCGUAUGUAGCGGGGAUAUUCAGAGGAAGCAUGACGGUACUGUCACAUUUACAAAGUUUGCAGAGAAACAUCGACGUCUUCUUAAUGCGUUUAUUAGACAGAACCCAAGUUUAGUGGAGAAAUCUCUUUCGAUGAUGUUAAAGGCACCAAGGCUAAUCGAUUUUGAUAAUAAAAGAGCAUAUUUCCGCUCAAGGAUCAGGCAGCAGCAUGAGCAUCACCUCUCUGGCCCGCUGAGGAUAAGUGUUCGGAGGGCUUAUGUUUUGGAGGACUCCUAUAAUCAGUUGCGUAUGCGACCCAAUCAGGACCUUAAGGGACGACUUAAUGUGCAAUUUCAAGGCGAAGAGGGUAUUGAUGCUGGUGGUCUGACCAGAGAAUGGUAUCAGUUGUUGUCUAGGGUUAUAUUUGACAAGGGGGCUUUGCUUUUCACCACAGUGGGAAAUAACGCUACUUUCCAGCCUAACCCUAAUUCUGACUUCCAGACAGAACAUCUUUCUUACUUCAAGUUUGUGGGGCGUGUGGUUGCAAAGGCACUGUUUGACGGGCAACUUCUGGAUGUCUAUUUCACUCGAUCUUUCUAUAAACACAUACUUGGUGUGAAGGUGACUUACCAUGAUAUAGAAGCCGUUGAUCCUGAUUACUACAAGAAUUUGAAGUGGAUGUUGGAGAAUGAUGUGAAUGACAUUCUUGACCUGACGUUUAGCAUGGAUGCUGAUGAAGAAAAACACAUUCUUUAUGAGAAAAACCAGGUCACUGAUCAUGAACUUAAACCUGGAGGAAGAAACAUAAGGGUGACAGAAGAAACCAAACACGAGUACGUGGAUCUUGUUGCUGAUCACAUAUUGACCAAUGCCAUUCGUCCUCAAAUUAAUGCCUUUUUAGAAGGUUUCAAUGAAUUGGUUCCAAGAGAGCUUAUCUCUAUUUUCAAUGAUAAAGAACUGGAGCUACUUAUAAGUGGUCUUCCCGAAAUUGAUUUGGAUGAUUUGAAAGCCAACACCGAGUACACUGGUUACACAGCUGCAUCAAGUGUUGUUCAAUGGUUUUGGGAGGUUGUGAAAGGUUUCAACAAGGAAGACAUGGCUAGACUGCUACAAUUUGUGACUGGAACAUCAAAGGUUCCUUUAGAGGGUUUCAAGGCUUUGCAAGGUAUUUCAGGUCCUCAGAGGUUUCAGAUUCACAAGGCAUACGGUGCUCCUGACCGGCUGCCCUCAGCACAUACAUGCUUUAAUCAAUUAGACCUCCCCGAGUAUACCUCGAAGGAUCAACUCCACGAACGGUUGCUACUUGCCAUUCACGAAGGUAGCGAAGGGUUCGGUUUUGGUUAAGUGUUACUUCUGCGAGACAUAUUGUUGGCCCAGUGAACUUGCAAUCUACUUUUUAAGUUCCCUUGUGUACAUGUAAGUGACAGAUAGAACGAAUGGACUCGGAGCGGAGCAGGGUAUUUUAGACGUUCUCCGUCGUUAAAAUUUGAUUUUGAAUGGAUUCUAGGGAUGCUGGGAAACAAUGCUUUUUGUAGAGACACCGUCGUGGUUUAAUUUUUCCGUUUUGAAGAACAAAGGGGUCGCUAGAUUCUUGGUUGCGAAAAUGGCUUUGGGAGGAUUAAAUAUUCUUUUUCUUCUUCUUCUCUAAAUUCCUAGCCAUCUCAAAUGAUAUGAUUAUGAUGAGGGUCAUACACAAAUUUACAAUUGAUAUCUCUCUAUGCUUUUACUGUUCUGUUCAUAUUAGAUUUUCUACUAGUUUAUCUCUCUAUCGAUCUCUCACUACAUUUUGGCCAAAUUGCCUCAUUUACUCAGUUUCUGUCUCUCUUUUUUUUAAUGUGAAUCUUCAAAAGCUUAGUCUGUAUAUGCAAUUGAACUUGUUCUACAUAUAUAAUUCUCUCUUCUACCC